AUUGUAAAAGUUUUUUAACCGGGGAUUGUAAUUGCUAACGGGUCUAAUCUGAAUUAGAUCCUAUUAAUCCCAUCCGUUUUCAACAUGUGGAUCCUAUUUUUUUUUUUUUUUUCCUAUUCAUCGAAGCUUACACUGAUAUUGAUUGAAUAAUUGAUUAUUGAUUAGAUCUGACAGCUGCACCACUCUCUCUCCUACUUGAUUGAAGUGGCUUCUGAGCUUUCUCUCCUGCAUUCAAGGAGCUUCUCAGGUUGUAGUGGAUUGAGCUAGCACAAGCAUGGAGAUGGAGGUCCUGGACAAUAAGUUCUUAAAUGUGGGGCUACUCAUUGUGGCAACCCUUGUUGCUGCUAAAUUGAUAUCAGCACUCAUUAUGCCAAAGUCUGGAAAACGCCUUCCUCCUGUGAUUAAGGCCUUCCCUCCAGUUAUUGGUGGCCUUCUACGCUUCCUUAAGGGCCCCAUUAUCAUGCUGAGGGAGGAGUACCCAAAGCUUGGAAGUGUAUUCACCUUAAAUCUGGUCAAUAAGAAUAUUACCUUCUUGAUUGGUCCUGAAGAGUCUGCUCAUUUCUUCAAGGCACCUGAAACUGAUCUCAGUCAGCAGGAGGUCUAUCGCUUUAAUGUCCCUACUUUUGGACCUGGUGUUGUCUUUGAUGUAGACUAUUCCAUCCGCCAGGAGCAGUUCCGCUUCUUCACUGAAGCUCUUCGAGCCAAUAAGCUCAAGAGUUAUGUUGACCAUAUGGUUAUGGAAGCUGAGGAAUACUUUUCCAAGUGGGGAGAUUCUGGAGAGGUUGAUUUGAAAUAUGAGCUGGAGCAUCUUAUUAUCUUGACUGCCAGUAGAUGUCUCCUGGGUCAGGAAGUCCGUGACAAGCUCUUUGAUGAUGUGUCUGCUCUAUUUCACGAUCUUGAUAAUGGGAUGCUACCCAUUAGUGUUAUUUUUCCGUAUCUGCCCAUCCCAGCUCAUCGACGCCGUGAUAGAGCCCGUAAGAAGCUCGCAGAAAUAUUUUCACGCAUCAUUUGCUCCCGUAAAUCCUCUGGAAAGUGUGAGAAUGACAUGUUGCAGUGCUUUAUUGAAUCGAAGUACAAAGAUGGCCGGCCUACUACAGAGGAAGAAGUCACAGGUCUGUUGAUUGCUGCACUAUUUGCUGGCCAACAUACCAGCUCCAUUACAUCUACGUGGACUGGAGCAUAUCUUCUUCGUUAUAAAGAAUUCUUUUCAGCUGUGGUUGAAGAACAGAGAACUGUGAUGAAGAAGCAUGGAGAAAAUGUAGACCAUGAUGUUUUAUCUGAGAUGGAUGUCUUGCAUCGCUGCAUCAAGGAAGCACUUCGACUUCAUCCUCCGCUGAUUAUGUUGUUGCGCCAAUCACACAGUGAUUUCAGUGUGACUACACGAGAUGGUAAGGAAUAUGAUGUCCCAAAGGGUCAUAUUGUUGCCACCUCACCAGCAUUCGCCAACCGUCUCCCACAUAUAUACAAAGAUCCAGACAGUUAUGAUCCUGAGCGUUUUGCUCCUGGAAGGGAUGAAGAUAAGUUAGCAGGGCAAUUCUCAUACAUCUCUUUUGGAGGGGGCAGGCAUGGCUGCCUUGGAGAGCCUUUUGCUUAUUUGCAAAUAAAGGCAAUUUGGAGCCAUUUGUUGAGAAAUUUUGAAUUUGAGCUAAUAUCUCCAUUCCCAGAGAUUGACUGGAAUGCCAUGGUGGUGGGCGUAAAGGGGAAGGUGAUGGUUAGAUACAAGCGAAGAAAACUUGUGGUUGACUAAUUGUGCAUCUGGUUAUCGAUAAAUUAGUAUCUGAAACAAGGAUCUUGGCAAUCCAUCCUCAUGUUGAUUUCUGAAGCUCUAGACAAGUUGAAGUUCGAAGCACAUCAGCAAGCCAGCAACAGCACAACCCAGUAAUAGUAAAGAAGCAAACAACUGCAGAUCCCCACAGCAUACGUCUAAUAAAUUAUAUAUUUGGGCCACAGGUAAUCAACUCUUUGAAUAUGUCAUAUUUGAAUAUUGAAAUGAAAGCAGCACUGACAUAGUCAAAAGAGUUCAGUAUAUAAGUACACCAAAUGGAGUACUACUUUUCAUCGUCUCCAAAACCAGCCCAACACCCUUCAUUGAUCCUGCCUCCGGAAUCAGAUUUCUUAAUGACACCUUUGUCACAAACAGCCAACGAUAACUCUGUCGCCUCACCUGCUAAAAUAGCACCAUGGCUGGAAUUCUUUGACAUCCACGCAUUCUCCCUUCCCGUCUCUUUCCAUGAAGCCACAGCUCGACUAAUCCAAAACAUAACUCACUUCGAUGUCAACUACAUAAACUUGGUCUUCCCAAUCUUCUACCUCUUUCUAAGCUUCACCCCUCACCGUCUCCCUUUCAAUAUCUUCUUCUUUUAUCUAGUGAUUACUUACGCAUGUGUGUACCUAUACGUGACCCCACGUUACCCUCUCCAAGUACGUGUCUUCGGGUGCAUUGUCUUCGUCUUCAAUAUUUGGAUCAUCAUUGGAGUGCUUGUUUUUUUUUUUUUUUUUUUUUUUUUUUGAGGAAAAGAAGUGCUUGUUGGUAUUACUGCUCUAGCCUUCGGCAUUGGGCAUGCCUGGAUUAAUCUACUGCUGUCUGUUGUAAUUUCCAUUGUCAUUGUUUGCUUGCACGCCUUUCUUAGAGCUCCUACUUAUGAUGGCUUACUUGAUGCCCUACCUCAACUUGGGCCAGAUUUCACUGAUGUCUGAAUUUUUGGUUUCUUCUAUAAUAAGAAGGGUGUGGACGUUGUAUUUUAAAAAAAUUGUAUUGUGUAAUUAAUUUAAGGUGUAAUUUGCAAAAUAUUAAGCAAAAUGAAAUCUUUCAGGAUAUUGGGCUUUGUUUAAUUAUUAUUUUAUUCAUUUAGAAAUAGUUGCAAGUUUGUGA